CAUAGUUGUUUCGAAAUUUGGACCACAGUAUUCGCCUCCUCCGAGGGUUGGGAACGUUUUGGCAACAACGUCGACUCCUCUAAAGCGAUUCUGUACCCUUUUAUUCUUUGCAAAUUCUUCUCUCUGAAGCCCUAAAUCUUCUCAGCUUUAGAGACGACCUAGUGAAUGGAUUACCCCUCUGGUCCCUGAUCCACGUCUGAGAGAAGAGAAUCUUAUAUCAGACUUGGUCUCUGGGAACUGGAUAAAGGGGAAGACAGUUCAACGGUUUAUGUGCCACUGUUGAAAGUAGAUUCUUAGUUGGAUGCAGUUUGUGGUUAAUUGGUUAGCAUAGUCAUUAUUAGUUAAUUAGGAACCUGUGUAACUGUAUGUCAAAUCAUUAUGGAAAUGAGCCUACACCAAUUAAUUUUUAUUUUUCUAUUUGUAUCGGUCUUGAGUAGCUAUGUGAGUUCAGAUUCUGAAAAUGAAUCUUUACAAAAAGAAAUAACUGCCCCACUCAGGAAUUAUGGAAGUAAUGUAAUAGAUGGUUCUGGAACAGAGUAUGCCUUUUCAUCUGGAAAUGGUGAUCUGAGAGGUGGGAGCAGUAGGGUUUCAGUGUCAACAGUUGCCUUUUUCACACUUGCUAUGGCUGCUGCUACUGGUUUGGGUGCAUUGCCUUUCUUCUUUGUCGACCUUGACCCCCAGUGGUCUGGAAUAUGCAAUGGAAUGGCUGCUGGAGUUAUGCUAGCAGCUAGCUUUGACCUUAUACAAGAAGGGCAAGACCAUGGUAGUGGCAGUUGGGUGGUGUUUGGUAUUUUGACUGGCGGGAUUUUCAUUUCGCUUUGUAAAAAGUUUCUUGAUCAUUAUGGGGAAGUUAGCAUGUUAGAUAUAAAGGGAGCAGAUGCAGCAAAAGCUGUACUUGUCAUCGGAAUUAUGACUCUCCAUUCAUUUGGUGAAGGUGCUGGUGUUGGGGUAUCCUUUGCUGGCUCCAAAGGUCUGUCCCAGGGUUUAUUGGUAACUUUGGCCAUUGCGGUGCAUAAUAUUCCAGAAGGCUUGGCUGUGAGUAUGGUUCUUGCGUCUAAAGGAGUUCCUCCACAUAAGGCAAUGUUAUGGAGCAUAAUUACUUCACUGCCACAGCCUAUAGUAGCAGUGCCAUCAUUUGUGUGUGCUGAUGCGUUUAACAAGUUCCUCCCCUUUGCUACUGGCUUUGCUGCCGGCUGCAUGAUUUGGAUGGUUAUGGCAGAAGUCCUUCCAGACGGGUUGAAGGAAGCUUCUCCAUCCCAUGUUGCAUCUGCAGCUACGCUCUCUGUUGCAUUUAUGGAAGGCUUAAGUACAGUGUUCCAACACUUCGGCCACAAUUUCAAAUCAGAGGACACAUCUGGUUUCUUUAUCUCUCUACUUUUUGGUCUGGGCCCACUUCUGGGUGGAGUAUCUCUUAUUGCAUUUGCUCUUGCAUUCCGCCUUCAACAUGCUCUCCUUACCAGUGUAUCGUCAGGGAUUGCCUUUGUCCUCGGUGUCUGGAGGCCAUUGCAACUCCUCUUGUCUUCAAAAAUGGACUUUCUAUCCCUAACAUCCCUCCUCAUGACUGGAUUUGCAUUUUCACAUUUCUCAACAUCAAGUGUUUUGAAACUCAGAGGACACAAAAGGACCACUUCUGCAAAUUCUUUAUCUGCCAUGGCUGGCUUACCUUUAAGCACACUGACCCUUCAGUCUGUCCUUUGCUGUCUGGCUGUUGCCCUCCACGCGCUGGCUGAAGGGCUUGCCUUAGGUGUUGCGGCACCCAAAGCAUACGGAUUCGGAAGGGACAUGGUCCUACCCGUUUCACUCCACGGACUCCCCAGGGGUGCUGCCGUUGCAAGUUGCAUCUUUGGGGCCACUGACAGCUGGCACGGGGCCCUCUUGGCGGCCGGGCUAAUCGGUUUUGUUGGUCCCUCAUCAGCGAUCGGAGCCAUACUCGCUGGAAUUGACUACAGUGGGUUGGACCACAUUAUGGUAAUUGCAUGUGGGGCCCUGCUCCCGUGUUUUUGGAGCAUUGUUAGGAGAGCGGUGCGACUGGACAAAAAGAAGGGUUUUGCUGGGCUAGUGGUUGGUGCCUUAUUUGCUAGUAUUUGCUUAACUUUUACAAAGUUGGUUUGCUUGCACACUCCUUACUGCAACUCUGCUCCGGAGGCUGUUAGAUGAGAACUAACUAUAGGGAAAGAAAAACACAGCUCAUAACAUGUGUUGUACAUCAUAUACCUAUACUCUGUACUACUGUAGUUUUCUUCUUUCUUUAGCCACAAAAAAUUGUCAUCCUUUGUGUAUAUGUGACUGCAUUCUUAUUCUGUCUUCUUUGUGUAUAAAGAUAUAUCUUGUGUUGAUUCAAUCAAUGUCUCCUUUGAUAAAGAAGUGAUAUGUUUAGUUGAA